GCCGUGGUGCUGCGCGGCCGCAAGAUGGCGGCGCCCAGCGGGGGCCGGGCGGGCAGCGGCUCCUCGCCGUUCCUCAGCACCGAGAGUGCUCCUUUCGCCUUUCCCUCCGCCGCCCCGCACGGCGCCGCGGGCUCUGGGGCGGGGGAGGCGUCCAAGAAGCCGUGCCGAGCCUGCACGGACUUCAAGAGCUGGCUCCGCGAGCAGAGGCAGCGGGCGGCCCCCGGAGCCGGGGAGCUGGCGGUGAGGGAGGACAAGGAGCCCCCUCCCAACUGUCCCCUGGACAGCGAGCAGCUGGGGCGCAGCACCUGGGCCCUCCUGCACACCAUGGCAGCCUACUACCCUGAGCGCCCCUCCGGGGCCCAGCAGGAGGAGAUGAGAGACUUCAUCAACCUCUUCUCCAAGUUCUACCCCUGUGAGCACUGCGCUGAGGACCUGAGGGACAGGCUGCGCAGGAGCCAGCCGGACACCAGCAGCAGGAGCAGCUUCUCCCAGUGGCUGUGCCUGCUCCACAACGAGGUGAACAGGAAGCUGGGCAAGGCAGAGUUCGACUGCUCCCGCGUGGACGAGCGCUGGAGGGACGGCUGGAAGGAUGGCAGCUGUGGGUAGCCCGGGCAG